AUGAUUUUAUGGGGAGCGAUAACACUUGGUACGACUUUUGUGAAAAAUUCUACACAAUUAAUUGUCGUUCGUUUUCUUCUGGGUAUGACUGAAGCUGGUUUUUUUCCUGGUAUUGUCAUCUAUUUGUCAUUUUGGUAUCGUAAACAAGAACAAAUAUUUCGAAUUGCUAUAUUCUUCAGUGCUGCUGCAUUGGCUGGUGGUAUCGGUAGCAUUUUGGCUUAUGGUAUUUCUAAGAUGGACGGUUUGGAUGGUUUGAAUGAUUGGCAAUGGAUAUUUUUGUUAGAAGGAUUGCCAAUUAUACCACUCGGCAUUAUGACACUUCUAUUUCUUGAUAGUUUACCAGAAACUGUUCAAUGGUUGAACAAUAUUGAGAAAAGCAUAUUCUUGAAUUAUCUUCGUAAUGAUGACAAUAUACCUCACAUUGAACCAAUGCCAUAUAAACGAUUUUCAUUUAUUCAAUUACGUCAUACAUUUACCAGUUGGCAUUUGUAUUUUUAUGCUCUGAUUACGACAGGAAUUUUGACCAUUAUCAAAACAUAUGCCAAUUUUCUUCCAUCAUUAAUCCAAGAUAUGGACCUUUCCAAACUAGAAUAUAAUAUACUGACAAUGCCACCAUAUAUUCUAGCAUUUAUAUCUUGUUUGGUAGUCGGUUAUUCAUCAUCACGCUGGAAAGAGCAUUGUAUGCAUAUUGUAGUAUGCUUGUUGGUUGCCUUCGUUGGUUUUAUUUUAUUAAUUACAUUGCCUCAACAAGCAAAAGUAGCAUUAUAUAUUGGUAGUUGUGUUUCUUGCAGUGGAUCAUUUGCAGUUCUUCCUAUUAUUUUAUCUUGGUUAACAAAUAAUGUCAACGGUCAUACGAAACGAGCUAUGAGUAUUGGUUUUGUCAUGACUUUAGCUCAAAUUGGAGGCAUAGUAGCACCUCAGCUUUACCGUGUGAGUGAUCGACCCAUGUAUCGACGUGGUCAUUUUAUUUCGGCCGUAAUUAUUGCAAUUACUUUAAUACUUGCUCUUAUUUUACGGUAUUUUUUGGCCAAAGAAAAUCAUCGACGAGAUAAUUUGACAAAUGACAUGUAUGAAAUUGAAGCAGAUAUUGAAGAACCAUGUGAUCAAGUAAAUUUUACAUAAUCUUUCAAAAUCAGUAUUCUUAUGAAUGGAAAUUUCUUUUUCUUCUAGCAUCCUGGUAUUCGGUAUAUAUUGUAGGAGCGAAUUGGUUUUGAAUGUUUCUCAAUAAUAUGACACAUUUUUAUACGAGUAAAUUAGUUUAACAAUAAAUUAAUUAAUCAUCAAUUUUUGUACAUAUAAUAAAAAUGAAAUAAAUCCACCAUCAGUAAAGAUUUUCUGACGUGAUACGUCAAGCAUUAGGACCUAUAUUCAAAAAAAAACAAGAAUCAAUGUUCUCUCAAGUAAUUUUCAAGAUGAAUGAAAGUAUCGGAUACAAAACAACACUCUCUGUUCCAUCAUCUCUUUUCACUAUGAGUAUUAUUCUCAGAAGGGUCAUCAUGUUCUUCUUCCUACUUGUUAUUAUCGGCAAGAAAAAAACACGUUUUCGUCAUUGAAACGUUCUCUUCUCUUUCGUGUUGUUUUUUCUCCUCAGAACAAGGCAUAAUAUCGUAAGCAAAGUAAGAUGAUCAUGAUAACACAAAGAAAAUUAUCAUUAAACGACGGUAGAUCAAAAAAAAAAGUCUAAUGACAAAAGAAAAUAUGCAUUUGAAAUUAGUCAUAUCGAUGAAUGACAGAAAAGGUUUUAGUCUUUUGGAAAACUUUUCCUUAUCUCUAAACAUAGUUGUUCCAUUACAAAAGUUCACUCCCUAUGCAAUCUCUCUAUAUCAAUAGAUCGCUUAUGCACUACAAUACACAUUGUAAAUGUGUACAGAUUUUGCAUAUCUUUAAGUAUAUUAGACGACUUUUCAAUACUCAUUGAUGGUUAUUUUGUGAAUUACGUAAUGUCAAAUGUGAAUUUAAAUAUAGUUCUUGAAUCUGUAUGUAUCAUUGUGUAGAAGAGUGUGGAUAUGAGUCUUCUCUUCAUCAACAUCAACUAAGAGAUCAUGUAACUGUAAAUGUAAAAGAUAUCAUAUCGAUAGUCAUUAGUGAAAUUGUUGAAAGGACUAAAUAUCAUGAUUUUUGAAAAUAAACAAAAAGCUGAUAUGAUUUGAAGAACUCGAAAACCUAUAUAAAUGUGACGAGG